AUGCGAAUUAAAGAGUGUAUUGCUCGAGUUAAAGAGUUAGAGGCUCGAAUGGACAGUUUAAUUACUGAUUUGAAGCAAAAGUAUAACUUUGAGAUAGGUGAUCGUUUGGUAGAUUCUCAAAAUUAUCCUAGAAAUGACAUUGAUAUCUAUCCCAUCACUAAAAUACUAGCAGAAUUAAAGAGUAUUCGCUAUGAAUGGCUGCCACUAAGAAAGGCAUUGGAAGAAGAGAUUCUGAAUAAUCAGUCUGAUACCGAAUGA